CACAGUCGACGUAGGUAGCUGAAUUAUCGUCCCUUUACGUCCCUAUUGUUAGUUAAGAUGGGUGCAGGACAAAUUGGAGGAAUUGCUACUAUGCUUGAUUUUGAUUUUAAUAAUGCCGCCGGUUUUGUUGGCAGGCCUGCCACAAAUCUUGAUGGACAAUAUGUCGUCUAUUACUUUUCCCAAGCCAUGCUGUUCUGCGCGGGGGCGCUCCUGGAGCCCCACGUGGUGUUAACGCCCGCCGUGUGCGUUUAUGGAGAGGACUUCAUGUUCAAUGUCUACGGCGGUUCGCACAGAUUUCAAGAGGGCGUUGGCACGAAAAGACAAGUUGAAAACAUUUGUAUGCAUAGAGCUUACAACCACUCAGGACGAUGGGAACACUGUGUGACCGACAACAUAGCCUUGCUCGUGCUGAAUAGCCAGUUUGUCAUGCGCCAAUACGAGCCGAACACAGAGUACAUCAUGAACAGGGUGCGCUACGGUGUUGGCAUGGACGCUUUGGUGGAGAAGAACGUGGAUCUUAGGUGCCGAUACCACGGGUGGGGUAGUCGGAGGAAUGGCUUUCUGCUACCAUUGUUAAUACAUAUGCGUAGGGUGGAUGUCAAAAUUAUGAACAACUGUGAAGAAAUGUGGAAUACUGAGGGCAAAUUUCUAUGCUUGAGCCAACCAAAUUGUAUAAAUGACAAGUUUGGAGCAUUGUGUCCGGACGAUUUAGGCUCAGUGGUCGUAUGCGGCGGUUACAUUCAGGGCAUGAUGACCUCCGAACUCAUCGACCGGCCCUGCGGCGUGGGGUUCCUGGACCUCUCGAAGUACAUCAAAUUCCUGGAAUGUGCGGUUGACGACUCCCGCGAUGCCAUUAAGGAACAGCCGCCGGUAUUGGCGGUUCAUGUUAAUGCACAAAACGUUCCAGAAGAGCUGGGCGAAAAAGAGACCACCUUGCUGCCGACGGAGGAGGCUCCAGGUCAUGAAGAUGCAAGAAUGGGAAAAUACUACGAUUAUUAA